AUGAAGUUGAUUUUUUUUGUUGUCAAAACAACUCAAGUGUCAAAAUUAUUUGUACAGCCGUUCCUUACAUUUUCAAAUUUUUCAUUUCAUAUUUCAUUCUUUACAUAAAAAAUAUGAACCCAACGGAAGUGAACGAAACUAUAAAAGCUGCUAAUUUGUACCUAACCCGGCUAAAAUAUUUAAACAGUGAAUUAGAAUCUGCUCUAAAACAAGUGGAACAUACUUUUAAGGAAACUGAAACACAUAUUCAUGAAGCAUUUAGCAAAUUAAAAGAGGUUUUUAACAACAUUAUUUGUAAAAGAGAAGAUUAUCUCGUUGAGAAAGCAAAGAGGACUAGGUCAGAGGCUUUAGCUCCUUUAAAAGAAUGUAAAUCAUACAUUUUGGGGAAAAUAGAGACCACAGUAAAGUUAAUAAAUACUGGAACAUCCCUUACAACUAAUAGAGAUUUAAAAGAAUUCACUGAAAAUGCUAGUUUGUUGGGAAGCUUGCCAGAAGUACCAGAGCUCAAAGAUGUGCCUUAUCUUAGUUUUUAUUUUGAACCUUCAUUAGAAAUUGAAAUAAUAGAUAAAAUAACAAGUUUUGGAGAUAUUUACAAAAUGCCCCCAGUACAGAUAUCAGAACUAACAGAAAAACCAGGAGCUAUUCUAGUGGAAUGGAAAGUUGUUGUGGAUAAUGAUGAAAAAGUCACAGACAUAGAGGAAUUUAGAUUACAAAAAGCUUUUGGAGAUGCCACUAAAGAUAAACAUUUAGUUGUUAACUUCCAUGACUGUUAUAAAGGUCUGGACACUCAAUUUUUGAUAAAAGAUCUCAAAGACUAUCAGUCAUAUUCCUUCAGGGUCAGCUGUAAAUUUGAAGGAACAACUGAAUGGUCUCCAUGGUCUUUAGCUCAAGUGGCUUGUACAACUUUGAAACAUUUUACCUGGAAAUACAAUUCUAAUUAUGAAUAUUCAAAUGAAUAUAAGGUAGCCAAACCUGUAGGCAGUUGUGAGGAUAUGUUGUAUUCUGAUGGUGCUCAAAUUUCAAUAGGACAUUCUAUAGAUUUCAUGUUUUUAGAGGGAGACUCAAAUUACGCCAUAGUUGGAUUAGUAAAUUCACCUUCAAACCCAUUGCCAAAAACAGUUAAAGAAGCAAAAGAUGGAACGUUUUUUAUGAACAAUAAUGGAAAAAUUAUAGUAGAUGGGGUUGAGAAGUCUACUGUUUUACCUGGAUUUCAAAGGGGAUCAAAAGUGACAUUUAGUUGCAGCCUGGCGAAUGGAAGAAACGUUAGAGUGAGCAUCGACUGCGAAGAUAAAAGGGUCACUUAUGAUUGGCCAGUAAGUUCUCUCGCCAAAAUUUAUUUCGUGGCGCAAUUUUUUUCUUCGAAAUGGAAAGUUAUGGUGGAAUAAAGUAUGAGUUUGUAUUGUGGAAAGUGUCAAUUGAAAAUGUACAAGUAGAAAAAAAUAUUCGU